AUUAGAAACAAGAUAAAAUAAAUAAAUAUAUUUAAAAAAUGAAAAUAAAAAAGAAAAUUGAAAGAAAGAAAAAAAUAGAGAAAGAAGAGAAGAAAAAGAAAAGAAGAAAAACUAUAGAGUCAGAACAUAACGACUGACAUCAACGAUGAACACGAUAAAGAAGCCGAAGUCUUAGCAACUCACUCAAACUAUGAUUCUUCCGUAACGUCGUCGUUUCAAUUCCCAAUAAUAAUAAUAAUUCAAACCUUCUUCUUCAAUGGUUUAUUAAUAUUAACAAUAACUUCAACAACGAAACGAUCAUCAUGAAGAAAGGUAAAGGUAAAAACAACGGUUUAUUACCGAGUUCGUUAAGAAUCAUCUCUUCUUGUCUUAAAACUGUUUCCACCAAUGCUUGCACCGUCGCUUCCACCGUCCGUUCCGCCGGCGCCUCCGUCGCUUCUUCCAUUACCUCUUCUACUUCCGAUGAUCACAAAGAUCAGGUUACUUGGGCUGGUUUUGAUAAACUAGAGCUUGAUCAGAGAAUUUGUAAGCGUGUUCUGUUACUUGGUUAUUUGAAUGGAUUUCAAGUACUUGAUGUUGAAGAUGCAUCUGGAUUUAGUGAGCUGGUUUCGAGGCGCGACGGACCGGUUUCUUUUUUACAGAUGCAGCCUUUUCCUGUAGGUGUAGAUUCUGAUGGUAAGGAGGGGUUUAGAAAAUCGCAUCCUAUGCUGUUGGUUGUUGCUGGGGCUGGGGAUAGGGAUAGAGAUGAUGGUUGUGUUGGACAAAAUGGUAGUAAUUUAGGUAAUAAGGUGGAGACUCAAUCUGGGAAUGGUGUUAAUUCUGCUACGGCUGUUCGGUUUUAUUCGUUCAAGUCUCAUUCUUAUGUUCAUGUUUUGAGGUUUCGAUCUGUCGUGUGUAUGAUUAGGUGUUGUUCCAAGGUUGUAGCUGUUGGUCUUGCCACACAAAUAUACUGCUUUGAUGCAUUGACUCUUGAGAAUAAGUUCAGUGUUCUCACCUAUCCAGUUCCUCAGUUAGCGGGACAAGGAACAAUAGGUGUAAAUGUGGGUUAUGGUCCAAUGGCUGUAGGUCCUAGGUGGCUAGCAUAUGCUUCCAACAACCCACUGCCCUCAAAAGUUGGAUGCAUAAGCCCACAAAAUCUGAGUCCUUCUCCAGGAGUUAGUCCGUCAACAUCUCCAAGCGGCAGUACUUUGGUGGCUCGUUAUGCAAUGGAGUCCAGUAAACAUUUGGCUGCUGGUAUAUACAAAUACUGUCAAGAGUUUCUUCCUGAUGGUUCUAGUGCUCCAGUACCAUCGCAUUCCGGAUUGAAAGCUAGUAGGGUUACGGGAAAUGAUAUGGACAAUGCUGGAAUGGUAAUCAUUAAGGAUUUUGUUUCCAGAGCCAUCAUCUCACAAUUUAAAGCUCACUCUAGUCCUAUAUCUGCUCUAUGUUUUGAUCCUAGUGGGACACUUCUGGUCACUGCAUCAGUCUAUGGAAAUAAUAUUAAUAUCUUCCGGAUAAUGCCAUCUUCUGCACGCAAGGGUUCAGGGGUUUCAAGCUGUGACUGGAGCGCAACUCAGGCGCAUCUUUAUAGACUUCAUCGUGGAAUAACACCAGCUAUGAUCCAGGACAUUUGUUUUAGUCAUUUUAGCCAGUGGGUUGCAAUUGUCUCUUCAAAGGGGACUUGCCAUCUUUUUGUUUUGUCACCUUUUGGAGGCGAUACUGGUUUCCAAAUUAUCAGUUCCAAGGGGGAAGAGCCCGCCUUACUUCCUGUUUUGUCUCGGCCUUGGUGGUCUACUUCAUCUUCCAUUUCUCACCAGCAAUCUUUGCCUCCCCCAGCACCUGUUGUCCUUUCUGUUGUUAGCCGAAUAAAGUAUAGCAGUUUUGGAUGGCUUAAUACCAUUCAAAAUUCUACUGCAAAUGUGUCAGGAAAAGUUUUUGUUCCAUCUGGUGCUAUUGCUGCGAUAUUUCAUAAUUCCAUGUCUCACUCGCAGCCUCUUGCUAAGUCAAAAAUGAAAUCCUUAGAGCACUUGUUGGUAUAUACACCAUCGGGGCAUAUAGUUCAACACAAGCUUUUUCCAUCUGUUGGUCCAGAACCAAAUGAAAGUGGUCCGGGAACCCAGUCAGCUUCAGCCCUGCAUAUGCAGGAGGAUGAGUUCAGAGUGAAAGUUGAACCUAUUCAAUGGUGGGAUGUAUGCAGAAGGUUAGAAUGGCCAGAAAAAGGGGAUCCUUGCAGCAAUACCUUUGACAGACAAGAUGGUACUGGUAGAGUUCAAGAGAGAAUGUAUUCUGCUGAUGGCUAUGGAUUUAAUUUUUUAAAUAUAAGUGAUGGUGUUGGGGAACAGACAGUAAAACCCGCUACAGGGAAGCCCCAUGAGAGAUCUCACUGGUAUAUAUCUAAUGCGGAGGUUCAAGUAAAUUUUGGAAGGAUUCCAAUAUGGGAAAAUUCUAAGAUUUGCUUCUACUCAAUGAAUUCUGGGAGAACUGUUUUUGAUGCUGGUGGUGAGUCUGAAAUUGAAAAGAUCUCUGCCCAUGAAGUUGAAAUAAGACGCAAGGAGUUGUUGCCCGUCUUUGACCAUUUUCAGAGCAUCAGACCAAGCUGGAAUGAGAGAAACCUUCCAGAAGGAAAAUAUGUGGGCCUCACAUCUCCUGUUCUGCAUGGGACUGAAGACAAGCAAACUGCUGACAUGACCGUUAUUUGUCACUCAAAACCAGCAUCACUGAGCUCCACUGAAAGCUCUGAUGGAGGUUCAUCAAGAAGGAUUGAAAAUUUGCUUGACCUGGAUCACGUUUCUUCUUGCCAAAUACUUGGUGAGAUCUACCUGGAAAGAAGGGAGACAAUCAAUGUUGAGCCUUCUCAGCAAAACAAGAUUGUGCUAGAAAAUUUGUCUCCAUCUGGAAGCUUGAAGCAUGUGGAUUCUUCAUAUGACCAUUGUCUAAGUGGCAGUCCAUUACCACAAGGGAGAAAGAUAAACUCUAACGGAAGGGAUAGUGUAGAAGGUGUUGGGAUCAAUUUUUCGGAAGUGGCCUCCGUAAUGCAAAAUGUUGGGCAUUCUUUUCCAGAUGGCCACUGCAAAACACUUGUGCGUGAUGGAAGUAAUGUGUUAACUGAAGAAGUAACUGAUGAUGUUGACAGCAGCAGCAGCAGCCACCAUGAAAGAGAACAACCAGAAGAUGAGCAGAAUGAUGAAAUAUUUGGUGGCCUUUUUGCCUUUUCGGAGUAAGGUUGAUUACCACAGAUAAAGUGGAUGUCUCGGAAUCAAAAGAAUCAUCUCAUUUUCUAUUACCCUGAAGUCUCAGUAAGAAAAUGCAAAAAGCAAUGUACAUGUUUGUGAAUAAGAAAUUGCACUGAGCAACACAAUUAUGCUGAUCUUUUGCUCAAUUGUCCCUCCCAGUCUGUCCCUCACCCCCCUGUACAUUGCUGUAUAUGCGCAUCCAAAUAUUCUUUGAUGGCUUUGUCAACGAUGGGAGCUAUUAGUAUAUGUGUGGGUUUGCAGUGAGUCCUACUGUCUUAAGCUUAACUUUUAUCAAGCUUGCAUGUAAAUAUGAAUGAGCAUGGAUUUUGUGUAAUGUAUAUAUUUUUUAUUAAUUCUGGAAUUCGUCCAUGAGAAUAAAGGAACAAUUUCUUUCCUCAAAA